AUGACAGAUGAGGAGAUAGACAAUGCCAUAUCGAACUUCAGGUCAGAACAAAGAAGAAGUUACACCUCUGAAUUUAAACUGGAGGUGGCGAACUAUGCCACGCAGACAAAUAAUAUGGCCGCCCAGCGAAAGUACGGUGUAAGCGAAAAACUUAUUCGUUACUGGAGAAAACAGAAAAAUAAUCUUGAAAAAAGUUGUAAAAAGAAAUUUAGGAAGCUUCAACCAGGUCGAUGUGCUUGGCCUGAUCUCGAUGCUUUGUUAAAGAGUUGGUCUUUUGAACAGAUCGAGUGGGGUUGUGAAUUGUCCAUAGAAAUCAUACGCCAAAAGGCAAUUGAGUUUGCAGAGAUGUUGAAAAUUGACAAUUUCACUGGAAAUGUGAACUGGGUGGCUAGGUUUUUGAAGAGGAAUAAAAUUUCAUUAAGGGGUCUUGAAAAAGAGAGAAAACAGAAAUUGAAUGGAUAA